AUGGCGGAAUUUAAUAAUGACCUUGAAUACUGGAGAGAAAAAUAUCCCUUUUUAGAUGACAUAUGGAAUCUGCAUAAUGUAUAUUAUGAACCUGUCACUGAUGAUACAAGUAUACAAACUAAUGUUGAUUUGUGCGAAAAAGAACUAGAAAUCUCACCUGAAAACAAAGGAAUGUAUAAUGAUUUCUGUAAAAAACUUAUAAGAAAUUGGUUUUUAUGUAAAGUUAAUAAGAGCGAUGAAGAUUCUCCUAAAUGCUGUUAUUAUUUACACCAUUGGUUAUAUUUUGAAAGAAAACAAUGGAAGCUUUCUGAUGUUUUGAUAGAAAAAAUUUUUAAACUACAUUUUUUAAAAAAUAUGAUAGAUUCCGGAGAACUCUGUCCUUAUCUUAGUAUUGAUGAAGACCUUAUUACAGAUGAAGAUCUAAUCGAUUUAUAUGUUUUUAAUUAUAAUAAUGAAAUAUUAAAGGGAAUUUCUAAAAUUAAAAUUGAUUCAGAUUAUUGUAAAUUCAAGCGUUUUAUAUCGAAUUGUAUUAAAAAAUAUAAAACAGAAAUUGUAAAAUUUUACCAUAAGGUAAAACUAAACUCUCUAUGUGAUCAGGAUAUACCUUCAUAUUUAAAGCUUUUUAGAGACAAAUAUUCAGAACUAACUCGUAUAAAAACAAAAUAUGGGAAUAUACCAACAUUAGACUCUAACGAUAUUGAUAAAUUCUUCAGUUGUUCUUCCAUUGAUAUCGACAAAUUAGACAGUUUUACAAUUAAUACUGACCGUUCUACCACUAGUACUGACUGUUCUACGAUUUAUACUACACCCGCAGUAAUUGGAAUACUGGCAGGAAUAUUUUCUCUUUUGGGGUUAACAUAUAAGGUUGGAAUGCAUUUAAUUUAA